AUGUUUAACAAGGGCACCAAAAACGAGGAGGCAGCCUCCGGGACGAACAUCAUGCCUCAGGAGCAGCGGGAGAUGGUGGAGGCCGCGGACAUUUUACUGAUGAAGCUGAAGGAGGCUGACGAGAGGAUGGAGUGCGCUCGCACGCUGCAGCAGCUUUCGUUGGAGGUGAACCUACAAGACUCCUCUCCAAGAGAGACCGCGGUCGCGAGCCAGACUCCGCCGACCAAUAGCCACACCACCCACGACACGACUGUCUCGGUCAACAAAAAGAGCAAGACAGAGAGAGAAUUGCGAGAAAAGAAAGUUCACCAGCAGAACGUAAGACGCCAGACCAAGGCAGACGCAGUGAAACAGGGCGUCACCUGGGUUGGGAAGAGAGAGGCGGCCAAAGCAUAUUCUCAAGCCGAAAAUGCAGAGAUUUCGCGGAUCCACGCCGCCCAUGCUGCCGUUCAUCAAGAAAAAAAAAUUCCCUUCAAGAAACUGGCUCGCCAGUUCAAUGCGCGGGAGGAGGGCGAGGGCAUAAGGAGCGUCGCGUCCCUGACAAGCCACAUCUCUAGACAUGAGGAGCUCAAUAAGAUGAGGGCGGCCUACUCUGCGACGAGAUGA